UUUUGUGACCCUCCCAGCACCGAGCCGUUUAGGAGAAUGGAAGGUAACGGAUCCGUCGACAUGCUCUCAGAAGUCCUAGAGAACCAGUUCCUCCAGGCUGCCAAGCUGGUGGAGAGCCACUUAGACUCUGAAAUCCAGAAACUGGACCAGAUCGGUGAAGAUGAACUAGAACUCCUCAAAGAGAGGAGACUGGCGGCCCUCAGGAAGGCACAGCAACAGAAACAAGAAUGGCUUUCUAAGGGACAUGGAGAGUACAGAGAAAUUGUCAGCGAGAGAGACUUCUUUCAAGAAGUCAAGGAGAGUGAGAAAGUGGUUUGCCAUUUCUACAGAGACACCACGUUCAGGUGUAAAAUACUAGACAGACAUUUGGCAAUUCUGUCCAAAAAGCAUCUUGAAACCAAGUUUUUGAAGCUGAAUGUGGAAAAGGCGCCGUUCCUCUGCGAGAGGCUGCGGGUCAAAGUCCUCCCAACGCUGGCACUGCUGAGGGACGGCAAGACGCAAGACUACGUUGUUGGGUUCACCGACCUAGGAAAUACAGAUGACUUCACUACGGAAACUUUAGAAUGGAGACUUGGUUGUUCUGAUGUUAUCAAUUACAGUGGAAAUUUAAUGGAGCCACCAUUUCAGAGCCAAAAGAAAUUUGGGACAAACUUCACAAAGCUGGAAAAGAAAACUAUCCGAGGAAAGAAAUAUGAUUCUGAUUCUGAUGAUGAUUAGACUGUGCCAUACUUUGUAAACCGUCUGUGUGUUUCCUUCAGCGUUAAGUGUGUUUUUUAAAUUCUACUGGUUUCAGCCCAUUCACCAUCUGAUACUCUAACCCAGCGCGUACACUGUUCACCAUGUGGAAGGACAUUCUUAUGAUUUGUCUGUGGCUAUCAUGUGUAACUUGAGAGAAACAGAUAUUUUAAAUUACCUGGGAAGGGUCUGGAUUCUCUAUUUUUCUGAUUGAUUUUAUCAUAACGUAAUUCUUCUAUCUUUAUACCAGUCACGCUUGUGUUUUUAAUCUAUUGCAUUAGAAAUAGAAAUUUAACCAACUGCUCCAGGGCUCGAGUGCUGUCUCUACAACAGGUUGGGUCACAUGCACUGUCAGUGAACCCUCACUUCAUUCAUAGAAUGUGCUUCAGGAACUAUUAAAGACUUGCCCGUGUACUCCGGAUGCGGCGUGUUGGACCAGUGAGACUCAGCUCUGAGCACACUGCCUCAUUGCUUGCGUGCUGAGACAUGCGUUAAAAAGUAACAACACUUUUGGAGUAGCAGCAUAAGGCACUCCAUUGGCUGCUCAGUAAAACAAUUUUAGCAUAAGUGAAAAUUAUUAAAAGUAUAAGUCUGAAAACUAUGGUAUUUGGUAACAGCAUACAGCAA